UCUGAGUUUAAGCUCCUAAAAAAUGUCACUGCUUGCAACCUCUUAUCGCUAUGAGAUUGAACACUGUAAUGCUAAAGCAUUACAAAAAGCACUGUCAAGACAACAGUCUAGAAUUAAGGAAGAUGAGCUUUAUGCUAUGAGAGAAAACACCGUUGAUUCGGAACGCAUGGCAAAUGAAGUCAGCAAAUGGUCAGAAAAUCUAGAAGAGGCUAGUGAUAGAAGAAGAACAAAAAGAGAGAAAAACGAAAUUAAAGAAGAAUUGAGACUUGGAAAUAAAUCUUCCGUUAUGGUACGAAGAGCACAGUUGGAGCAGUUGUUAUUGAGCGAAAGAAAAAUGUUUGCAGAAGAAUUAGAGAAACUCGGUCUAGCUUUUCAUCAAGACAGAUUGUAAAUUCGAUUCUUAAUUAUGUAAAUAGUUAAACUUAUUUUUUAAUAUAUAAAGAAGAAAUGGGAAA